GUGGCAUCAUUCUCGUGUCAUUUUCUAGUUGUAUUCAAACUACUUACAUCGAACACCUCAAGAAUAGGUACAAUCAUCAUCAUCAUCAGCACGAGAUGUCUUUGCUCCUCUAAAAAACCUUGCGAGCAGUUGUGUUUACGCUAUGCUGCACCAGCUGUACAGAUCAAGACUGAACGAUGUGGAAACUUGACGCAUAUUCACGCGUUAUUCUGUAAGAACUCAAUGACACAGAUGGUUGGUCGACGCUGAGAGUCAUCCACCGUUGUAUUUUUUUAACAUGUGUUCCUGCCUGUGCCUCAUGAGUCAUCAUGAAGUUGUAGAUUACCUCAUUUAUUUUUGCAAGAAAAACGAGCUUCUGGAGCGUAGUGUUCAAUCACGUCUUCGUAGGUCGUGUAGGUGUUCUUUCUCUUGAAUUGAGACCGAUCUAUCUGCGAUGAUGUAAGCGAGGGCUUUCUUAAAGAAUACUUAAUAUGAUGAUGUCAAAAAAUUGGAAAUUCGCGUUCCCUGUUUCCCCAAGUUUUGGUUCAUAUGGAUAAAUUUGUUAGUGACGGACCCAUUGAUUCACUGUUUGUUGUAGUUACAGUUUUUUCAAAGUUUUUUGUGAGAAGAACUCGAUUUAAUUCAUGCAGGUUGCAAUUGUAUAAAUUAACCGCGGCACAGUAGUGGUAUACUGUAAGCAAACAUAACGAUCAAAAAAUGGGCACCACAGCGUCGAAGACGUCCUCUCCGGAUGCGGUGGUGAAGCUGCCGAUGGUCCGGGAGUAUGAGGCUGAGAUACGCCGUCUCCGUAACGAGAUGACAGCAAGGACCGAAAAGCGAGACCGUGAAAAACAGAUGCUACUAGCAGUUAAGGCUUUUCAUUUCUUGGUCCAUCUUUAGAGAUAUCCUCGUCGUGUGUGAGAAUCUUCAAAAGAAAGAGGGGGCUCACACAUUUAGAAAGAACAAGGUCUCUCAAGAUGGAUGAUGAUCCAUGCGAGCUCUAAAACAAGCGCUGGUGGCGCAGUUGCACUUGCAGUUCUCGUUUCUGGUGGUCUCGGUGCUCGUGUCGCCGCGCAGAGGGCAGCACGGCAGCUAAGGGAAAAGCAACAGAUUUGGCAUCGUCGUGUGGAAGUAUUAGAGAAGGAGGUGGCGAAGGAGAAGCGAUUUGCGGUACAAGGCUUAACAAAAGAACUCCUAACUGUCACAGAUAAUCUAGAACUUUGUCUCCGCAGCAUGCGACACGAGGAACAACUAGCGAAAUUGCUAGUGGCGAGCUCUAUUGGUGGCAAAGAUGUUGUUUGUGCAUCAGAAUCUGGUAGCUCAUCAAGUACCAACCCGCGGAAAAAGACCAUAAAGAUAGAGAAUUCAAUAGCUCAAACUUCUGCUGGGUUAAAUGCUGGAGAUGCUGAAGUAGACAGCUCCGAGUUUUUCAGACGGACCUCUUCGGCUAAUUUGAGCGGUAAACACCUUUCGUCUGCGGGUUCCAGUAGUGGCAGUAGCGUCAACAGUUAUGGCUCAUUUAUUGUGACCUAGAGAUAUUGUUCACAUGUACUCAUUCAUUGUGUACCAUUGUUCAUAUGUACUCAUAUCCCGUAGAAGAAGUGCCCUAGAAGAGACUCUUUCAUGGGGAUACAUUUUCGUCACAAUAAAUAAUAUGUUUCACUGACGAGAUUUACAUCUUUAGCUCUCCUUUCUUUCCAAUCCUUUUUAUCUCUAACCUUCCGCGUCCGUGCAGCAUGAGACUUUGAAAUCGCUGCUAGAUGGCGUCGAGUUGACGGAGAAGAGCUUGCUUCACGUCCUCGGAAAAUAUGGCGUCACACCCAUCGAAGCGACGCCUUUGGAGAGCGAGUUUGAUCCCAAUGUACACGAAGCUAUGUACCAGAAAGGAGAUGUGGAAUCAAAUAAGAUUGCUCAAGUCGAGCGGCGUGGCUUUUAUCUUCACGAUCGGGUUUUGCGACCUACUAGAGUUGCGGUGGGAAGUCAGAAACCAACUUCUUCUACGAUUGACGAGCAGAGGACGAGCGCUGUUGCGGAGGAGGAAGAGAAGCGAAGUGUUGACAUCAAGGAAGAGAAGCCAAGCUUUGUUGAAGAGAAGAAAGAAGGAUUCAACAUGGCGAUUGCAUGAAGGAUUCAACAUGGCCUGGACGCGCGAAAAGUAUGUUGUGAUGUGUGAAAGUUUUUUUUGUUAAGAUUAGAUUUAGUUGUAAGUACAUGAAGAUGAUGAACAUGAACAAGAAUUAGCAUCCUUUCCGAAUAAUCAAUGUAUUUUAAGGAAAUUUUGGUUUUGAUAUUGUCAUGGAAUAAUUGGGAAGGUGAAGAAAAGCUUCCUUACUCCAAGCAUUAAGGGUGGCAAU